AUGGCUUCCCAAAUGACCGAUUGCAUAGUCACGUAUCGAGGUGACAUAGUGGAAAACCGACAUAUGGUCCACGCUGCGAUCGUUGAUGCAAAUGGAAAACUCCGAUAUGCCGUUGGGGAUCCUUUCCGAGUGACCCUCCCUCGCUCGGCGGCCAAACCCGCACAGGCACUGGCUAUUCUCGAAACAGGAGCCCUUGACAAGUUCUCCUUUGACGAUAAGGACUUGGCAUUGAUGUGUGCAUCGCACAAUAGCGAAGACAGGCAUCUAUCGCGGGCACGGGCGAUGUUGGCAACCAUUCACGCUGAGGAGACAGAUCUGCGCUGCGGCGGUCAUGCCGCCCUGUCAGAGCCAGUGAACAAGACGUGGAUCAAAGCUGAUUAUACUCCGACGGCCAUAUGCAACAACUGCUCGGGCAAGCAUGCGGGAAUGAUAGCUGGUGCUAAAGCCCUCGGGGCUGACAUAGCAAGCUAUCACAUGCCGGAAAACGCAAUGCAAUCGCGGGUCAGACGUGUUAUUGAGGAUCUCUCUGGCUUGGAUGAACAUGGAGUCAAAUGGGGCAUCGACGGCUGCAAUCUUCCAACUCCGGCUCUUCCCCUGAACUCUCUGGCGCAACUAUACAGUACCUUUGCUACGGCAGCCGAUGAAGUCGAGAGCAACAUUGAUCUAUCAAAAAGGACCGAAAAUCUAGCACGGGUUUUUCGUGCAAUGAGCCAGUCUCCAGAACUUGUUGGCGGAGAGGGUCGGUUCUGCACUCGACUCAUGGCGGCAUAUCAAGGGGGCCUCAUUGGCAAGAUCGGGGCUGAGGGUUGUUAUGGAAUCGGCGUGCGGAAAGCCAUACAGCAUGGAGCAGACACGGCCAUUGGGAUUGCCAUCAAGAUUGAAGAUGGGAAUAAGCCGAUUCUCUAUUCGGCAAUAAUGGAGAUUCUUGAACAACUGAAUAUCGGAACGCAGGAAAUUCGCGAGAAGCUGGCUGAUCUUCAUCAUCCGAAGCUUUUAAAUACUGCAGGAGUGGAAAUAGGCAAAGUGUCUUGUUCUAUCAAGGUGCGAGCUGUUUGA